UGGCACCCUCGAAGAUUCAAAUAAUGUCAUCAGAGGCAUCUAUCGCACCAUGCGCAUCGAGCCCCCAGCUCAUGCCAUUUCACAUAGGAUAUUCGGGCCCUGCUCCUAUAACCACAUUUUUUCGUGUUGGAGAACUUGACGAGGAAUCGCCGUCUGCUCCAUCAGACGGUUGUCCUAGUAUUGUCGCGGUUAAAGAUGCGGUGCAGAACCAGAGCGACUCUUUGCCCACGUUUUUGAAAACAAAGAUUAGAAAACGGCUCAUCGCAGCAUUUCGAGGACGUCGCGUUGUGGGCACCGAGGUUUCCUUACCGGAGGGGUAUACGGGUCUUGUUAUGAUUUCUGCUGCACCAGGGACGUCAACUCUGGAAAUGAGCCCUAUAGGCAAUGAUAGAAAGGAAAACGGGAGAGUGAACGGAAGCGCUAAGUUCAGACGGAAAACAGCUGCUCGCGGGUCCAGACGGACGAAGCCCAUCGAUAUUGAUGACGACGACGGUGCUAUGGAACCCAAAGAUCGACGCUCGCAAGAGAUGGACGCCGACGAUGCAGUACAUCAGUCUUUGAUUUUGCACAACGACUCGCAUGAAGGUGAAGUCAGAACAUUAAAGGCGACUCAAACGUUCCGAUCUUUGUUGGUUUGGAACGCUGAUAUUGCCGUCGACGAGGGCCGGGACGAGUACAUCAGAGCUCUUCGAGAAUGGGCUGCUAUAGCUGCAGAGAUUCAUCGUACAGAGGAUUAGCAACCCAGUCCUGGUGUCCAUGUAAAUACCGAUUCAUGCUUCGAGACUAUAUGCCGCCGGCUUCAACCUCCAUCAUAGCUC